UCCCAGACGAGCCCCAGGACAAGGCCCUGUUCUCCCCGCUGCAGACAAACCCAGGGUCGGCCCUGCCAUGGCCAUGAAGGCACCACGCCCAGCUCUUCUGCCCCUGCUCUGCCUGGCAGCCUCCUGCCUGGCACUCUCAACAGCCGACGCCCAGUACGAUAAAUUCCUGAAGCGGCAUCUCGACGUCCCCAAGUCAUGGGCUGAGAACGACCAGCAGUACUGCACCACCAUGAUGGGGAGGCGGAGCAUCCGCUGCCAGGGCAAGAACACCUUCGUCCACGCCAGCAAAGCCCAGCUCAGAGCCGUCUGCAGCUCGGGGACAAGCCAUGGGCAAGACACCCGCGACAGCCUGGGCACCUUCCAGCUGACUGUCUGCACCCGCCAGCCCAAGGGCCUGUGCCUCUACCGGGGCAGCUCCACCACGGCCCGUAUCCGCCUGGUCUGCCGCAACGGGUUGCCCGUCCAAUACUUGAGGCGUAUCUAACCAGUGGUGAGCUGCAGCCGAUUCGCACCGGAUCGCGCGAACCGGUUGUUAAAUUUAGAAGCCCCCUUUAGAACCGGUUGUUCCUGGAGGGACAACUAGUUCCAAAAGGGCUUUUAAAUUUAACUAAAGCUCUAGCAGCUCCCUACCCUUCCCCCCAGCCCCAGCUCACCUCACUCCGCCUCCUCUGCUGAAGCUCCUCCGGCUUCUCCUCCCCCUCCCCAGCUUCCCCCAAAUCAGCUGUUUGCGUGGGAAGCUGGGAGGGCUGAGAAGCAAGCAGCGCUUCCACCAGGUGAGCUGGGGCCGGGGGUGCCAGCGGGAGGAGGGCUCCAGGCAGCGCGCCGCGCUGCUCGGUGAGGUCGUAGUGAGACUCUGGGGUCGGGCGGCACGGCUCCUGCCCGGGUCCGGCCGGGCGGCGUGGUGGGAGGAGAAGCCAGGGGGAAGCUUCCUGCAGGUGAGCUGGGGCAGGGUGGGGCGCGAUGAGGACUCCAGGCGCCACCUGGCCCUGCUCCAGCCACUGCCCGGCCCCAACUCCGGCCGCACGGCGCGGCUCCGACACUGGCCCUGACCCCGGCAGGGGUAAGAGGCCAGGGCCAGGUCCGGGACUG